CCACCAGGUCUCCAGGACAUCAGGUGGACAUGCUGCCCCAGUGCGCCCAGCUGCUCCUCCUGGCGGGCCUGCUCGCCCUCCCGUCAGCCCUGUCCCAGGAGUGCACCAAGUACAAAGUUAGCACCUGCCGGGACUGCAUCGAGUCGGGCCCCGGCUGCGCCUGGUGCCAGAAGCUGAACUUCUCUGGGCAAGGGGAGCCUGAUUCUGUGCGCUGUGACACGCGGGAGCAGCUGCUGGUGAAGGGAUGUGCGGCGGACGACAUCAUGGACCCCAAGAGCCUCGCCGAGACCCAGGAGGACCGGGCAGGGGGCCAGAAGCAGCUGUCCCCACAGAAAGUGACCCUCUACCUGAGGCCAGGCCAGGCGGCUGCAUUCACGGUGACCUUCCGGCGGGCCAAGGGCUACCCCAUUGACCUGUACUACCUGAUGGACCUGUCCUACUCCAUGCUCGACGACCUCAUCAACGUCAAGAAGCUGGGGGGCGACCUGCUCCGGGCCCUCAACGAGAUCACCGAGUCCGGCCGCAUCGGCUUCGGGUCCUUUGUGGACAAGACGGUGCUCCCCUUCGUCAACACGCACCCCGAGAAGAUGCAGAACCCCUGCCCCAACAAGGAGAAGGAGUGCCAGCCCCCGUUCACCUUCAGGCACGUGCUGAAGCUCACCGACAACUCCAACCAGUUCCAGAGAGAGGUCGGGAAGCAGCUGAUCUCGGGGAACCUGGACGCCCCUGAAGGCGGGCUUGACGCGAUGAUGCAAGUGGCCGCGUGCCCGGAGGAGAUCGGCUGGCGCAACGUCACAAGGCUGCUGGUGUUCGCUACCGACGAUGGCUUCCACUUUGCGGGCGAUGGGAAGCUGGGCGCCAUCCUGACCCCCAACGACGGGCGCUGCCACCUGGAGGACAACCUGUACGCGAGCAGCAACGAGUUCGACUACCCAUCUGUAGGCCAGCUGGCGCACAAACUGGCCGAAAGCAACAUCCAGCCCAUCUUUGCUGUGACUAAGAAAAUGGUGAAGACGUACGAGAAGCUCACGGAGAUCAUCCCCAAGUCUGCGGUCGGGGAGCUCUCGGAGGAUUCCAGCAACGUGGUCCAGCUCAUCAAGAACGCCUACAACAAACUGUCCUCCAGAGUCUUUCUGGAUCACAACGCCCUCCCUGACACCCUGAAGGUCACCUACGACUCCUUCUGCAGUAACGGAGUAUCGCAAGUGAACCAGCCCAGAGGGGACUGCGAUGGUGUCCAGAUCAACGUCCCGAUCACCUUCCGGGUGAAGGUCACAGCCACAGAGUGCAUCCAAGAGCAGUCAUUUGUCAUCCGGGCACUGGGCUUCACGGACACGGUGACCGUGCGGGUCCUCCCCCAGUGCGAGUGCCGGUGCCGGGACACCAGCCAGAACCCAAGCCUCUGCAGUGGCAAGGGCUCCAUGGAGUGCGGCGUCUGCAGGUGCAAUGCAGGCUACACUGGGAAGAACUGCGAGUGCCAGACGCACGGCCGGAGCAGCCAGGAGCUGGAGGGAAGCUGCCGGAAGGACAACAGCUCCAUCAUCUGCUCGGGGCUGGGGGACUGCAUCUGCGGGCAGUGCGUGUGCCACACCAGCGACGUGCCCAACAAGAAGAUCUACGGCCAGUUCUGCGAGUGUGACAACAUGAACUGCGAACGCUACGACGGCCAAGUCUGCGGGGGCGAGAAACGGGGGCUCUGCUUCUGCGGCACCUGCAGGUGCAAGGACGGCUUCGAGGGCUCGGCGUGCCAGUGCCCCUCCUCCACGCAGGGCUGCCUCAACCUGCAGGGCGUCGAGUGCAGCGGCCGCGGCCGGUGCCGCUGCAACGUGUGCCAGUGCGACAGGAACUACCAGCCACCGCUGUGCGUCGAAUGCCCGGGCUGCCCGGUGCCCUGUGGCCGCUACGCGUGAGGUCCCGCCGCCCCGAACUGCAGCGAGGCUUGCGGGAACACGAAGCUGCUGCCCAGCCCCGCGUCCGGCCGCAAGUGCACGGAGCGCGACUCCGAGGGCUGCUGGAUGACCUACACGCUGCGGCAGCGCGACGGGUGGGACAACUACGACUGUGUGAUGGGCCCCAACAUCGCUGCCAUCGUGGGGGGCACCCUGGGUGGGGUCGUGCUCAUCGGCAUCCUCCUGCUGGGCAUCUGGAAGGUCCUGACCCACCUGAGUGACCUCCGGGAGUACAAACGCUUCGAGAAGGAGAAGCUCAAGUCCCAGUGGAACAACGACAACCCCCUUUUCAAGAGCGCCACCACCACAGUCAUGAACCCCAAGUUUGCUGAGAGUUAGGGGUGCUUGGUGAAGAGUGAAGACAAGGCCUCUCAGCUGCCUGGAUGGGACUAUCCCCAAGCCACGUCUCCUGCAGCAGGCCGACCGCGACACAGCUGACAACGCUUGACAACUUCGCCAUUAACCAAAAAUCCACUGUUCCCUCUGCCCUCAAAAUGACAGAUAUGGCCGG